AUGACGCGCGGCACCAACACGGCGUUCCAACAACGCCUGCGUGUGCUGACUUUCACGAUCCCUAUCAUGGUGGUCUCGUCGUAUAUGCUGUACAAGCGUCUCUAUCUAGGCGAACAGCAGCGACCUUUGCCGCCUGACUGGUUCCAGCUCAAAGCUGAGAAGUCGCCGUCUAAGGAUACCACAGAGUCUCCAUAG